UGUGCUUCUGUGAUUAUAAUUAUGAAAACAAAUAUAAAUUUAUGUGAAAUGUAAAGAAAAUCUACAUGACAAGUUGAAUAAUCUGCUUAUUUUAAAAUCUAAUAAUCUGCCUCCGAGUUUUGGCUAUUGAAAAACCUUAUUUGAUGUGACCUAAAGAUGAGUCAGUUAAACUUGCUCUUAAAACAGGCUCUUCAGACAUUCACUUGUACAAGAGAAUUGUUUCACCAAAAUUUGGAUAUUCUAGUGAAGCUCAUGAAUAAAAUAUGUUUGGAUGAUGUCAGAAUAAAUCCAGUCCUGCUUAGUAAUGUUAUUUGGGAAAAACCUAACAAAGCACCAGCAACAUAUGUCCAUAUCUUCGAAGAUCUCGAUAUCACUAUGGGUAUUUUCAUUUUGAAACCUGGCUUACUAUUACCUCUUCAUGAUCAUCCAGAAAUGCAUGGCUUGAUCAAAGUUAUUCAUGGUAAAGUAAAAAUAACGAGUUACUCAUUGAAUACAGACAGUGUAGAAAUAUUCAAUAAUGAAAAUGGUCAAGCUUUCUCAGAACCACUGACUCCAAUCAUCGCAGAAAAAACUUCUGAAAUUACUGUUGACUCUAGCAAUGCUUGUUCAAUCUUAUAUCCUGAACAUAAGAAUAUACAUCAAGUAGAAUGUAUAAAUGGACCAGCAGCAUUUAUGGACAUUUUAUCUCCACCCUAUGAUACUAUUAAUGAACAUGGAGAAAUGAGGAGAUGCAACUAUUAUAGAGUAUUAGCUGAGGUUGCACCCAAUAUUUUCAAGUUACAAAAGACUGAUUCACCAUCAACAUUCUGGACGGAUUCUGCACCAUUUAUAGGCAAAUUAUUCGGGUGAUGAUUCAAGAACGCUUCCUGAUAGUUAGGUUUUUCCUAUGUAUAGUUAUUUAUUGCUUAUGUGCAAGUAAUGUUACUGUGCUGUGUUCAAAUGUUACUAAUUUUCUUGGAAAUUAAAAAAUAUUAGAUUUA